UUGGGCACAAAAAUCCUAUUCAUUCAAACAAUCACUUCAUUUGAUUCCAAGAUAUGGCACAACAUAUGAAACACAAGAAAAUAUUAACGAUAACUAUAGACGACAGCGAAGAUGAGGGCGAAGACAAUGUCAGGCAACAGGUACAGAUCUAUGCGAAGGACUCAAUGGACAGAUUGGGUGAUGACUUGUAUGGACUCGUAUUAUCCUAUCUCUCACUCGAAGAUCGGUUUCUUUACGAAUGUGUGUCCAAACAGUUCCAGAGGACAGUCUUCGAGUGUGUUGUCGACAUCACUCUUAACGAACAUAUAAUAAGGAAAACACAGGGUGUUUCAGCGCUGACAUAUUGCGACGAUUUUACCCAGUUGCGUACCCCAGCAAUGGAUCCCAGCAACAUAACAUUUUCAAAUGCGAGAACUCAUUGUCUGAGUCUUUGCGUACAAUUGGCCUAA